GUCAAACAAAAUCUAAAAAAGAAGGAGUUGAAAAUCAUAAUGGACGUCCAAAUAAUCAAUGUUGUUAUUCGUGAACCAUGUGCUUUGUGUACCACCACAAACAAAACCUGCUCUCAAAAUUGCGAAUUUGCACCUUAUUUCCCUGCAGAAAAAAAACUAGAGUAUAAAAAUGCACAUGAAUUAUUUGGUACCCCAAGUAUUAUGAAGAUGAUGCGAUUCGCACCCACAACAGAAGAAAAAUGCAUGUUGGCAUCAUCUAUACUCACAGAAGGUAAGGUUUGGAAAGAUUAUCCAGCGAAAGGUGGAUUUGAAACGAUCCGAAAACUAAAGUGGGAAAUUUUACAACGUAAAUUCUACCUCAAUAAACUAAAGGAGAAGAUGAAAGUUGUAGAAGAAGAAACCAAACUGGGUCUUUAAAUAAAUGAUACAAUAUGUUGUAUAUCAUUUAUGGAUAUCACAUAUCUUAUAUCAUUUAUCUAUCUUUUUUUAUUUGUUAAAUAUUUAUGAUUAUGUGAAUCAGAAUAAAAUGUAUUGA